AUGGCUUGGAACAAGCUGGAAGGAGGUCUGCGUGUUCAUAUCCCAGAUCCAGCCCCACGUACGAUAAUUGCCGAGUUCCUGGACCAACUUGACGCCAAAUACGGUAUAUGGAAAGAUAUGACCAGAGACCGCGGUCAUAUCGGCCAAAUCAAACGAGCUACCAAGCGUCCCGCUAGCCCUAUCAGCAAGCAUGGACCCCCUGGGCGCCUCCUUCUCGACCUCUACAUCCAUAUGCAUCGAACCAAACUACCCAGGGAUCUCAGCGCAACGAAGCUAGCUUUGAACGAUAUCCCAGCCAAGCAGUUUUACAAAAGAGGCAAAGAAUCUCUGCUACCCACAGUCAACAUGGUCUCCGAGGCGAGGCAGAAAUGUGAUGAGUUCGAAAUGUAA